GCGUGAACAAUCGCUGGUUUGACCGCAGUGCGGGACUGGGGCGCCAGGAGGGAAUGACGCUCUUUACCAAAUUCUUCUGAAUUUGUAGUCAACGUGCUCAAACCUCCACUCGGGGCGCCCACCAUCAUCUCGCUGGAUCAAAAUAUCUUUCGUUGAAGCUUUGUGUCCGAUGGAAGUCGUCUCGGUGUACGUUGAUAUUCCUCGGCCUAGUUUAGCUUCAGUUAGCUUGCUAGCCGCUAACAAAGAGGCCCUCGUGCUCAACACAUCGCUCCGCAGAGCUCAUAAGCGUAAAGUGUUGCUGUAAUUUUUGUGUGAACAAUGUGCGCAAGAAGAAGAGCAGAGUUUAAGGAGGAACUUUGUGGAGAAAAAGAGGACCACAAGGGACAACGUCAACUGCUGGACGCCAUUGGCAGGAUGCAGCCAGAAAUUGAUCUUCACAGAUUAGACAUCAGCAAAGAUGCUUGUCCUGAGCGACUUGUUGCAGACCCCUCUCACUUUAAAGAGCAAGUGGAGAACAAGGAAGUCUCCCACUUUAAGGAGGAAGAGGAGGAGCAAGUCCUCCACAUUCAAAAAGAGGAGGAGCCAGAGCACCAUUGCACGAAAGAUAGUGACAACAUGUCAUCGAACGUUGUGAAUGAUGUUGCUGAUGAGGAGGACCAGGAUGAAGAGUCUGAUGGUGAUCUGACAUGUCACACUGACAACAAACCCUGGAAAUGUUCUCAGUGUGGGAUGAUGUUUACUUGUAGGAGGGCUUUGAAAAGACAUGCGAGAACCCACACUGGGGAGAAAUCUUUUUCCUGCUUAGUUUGUGGCCAAAGAUUCUCUCUAAAGCAUCACUUAAAAUUACAUUCCAGAAAUCACACUGGUGAGAAACUUUUCUCCUGUUCAGAUUGUGGCCAAAGUUUCUCAGAGAAGGGACACUUAAAAAGUCACAUGAGAAUACAUACUGGUGAGAAACCGUUUGCCUGCUUAGCUUGUGGCCAAAGAUUCUCUAGUAAGGGUAACUUAAAUGCGCACAAAAUAACCCAUACUGGUGAGAAACCUUUUGUCUGUUCAGAUUGUGGUCAAAGAUUUUCUUGGAAGGGAUGCUUAAAAAGGCAUGUAAGAACCCACAUUGGUGAGAAACCUUUUGCCUGUUCAGAUUGUGGCCAAAGAUUCUGUCAGAAUAUACACUUAAAAAUGCAUGAAAGAACCCACACCGGUGAGAAACCUUUUUCCUGCUCAGAAUGUGGCUAUAGAUUCUUAUGGAAAUAUCAAAUUAAGAAUCACAAGUGUCAUAAUGAGAUGAAUAUUUAUCGAUGAAAAUUUCACCUCUUAUCUGAGCAGGCUUCAUCACCUUGAUUAUGCUUUAUGUACCUUCUUCAUGGGAUGCUGACGUUUUCUUUUUUCAAGAUGGACCCGCAAGAAUGGCUGCCUGUACAGUGUGAAUAAAUCUUCAUGCAUUAAAACCUCCCACUUUUUUGCUCCCCCGACAACGAAAAAUCCCACUGUUGCAUUAUACCAAAUCUUUUCCUCUGACCUUGCCUCUGAUCGAUAUUCACUACAACGAAAACAGACCUUCUGCAAAAGUCAAAUCCAACCUCAGCUGACAGUAACUCCUACCUACUGCUUCGCUCGGAAAUGGCAACAGCAAACACCACAGUGGUUUACACGUGCAGUCGUACAGGAAGUAUUUGUUAUUGUUCGUUUCAGACCCAGCACAAACGUUGCAUUGUUAAAACGGCUACAAAAACAGACAUUUGCAGACCAAGAAGUGAAGAAAAGAUGAGCUCUAAAGCUUGAAGACAUGAUAAAAAUAAUAAAAAUGCAAGAUGGGAGGGAGCAAAGUAAAAGACAUUACGCAGGAAAUUGAUGUAAAGUGAAAGUGAAUGCUGAUCAUAAAUUUAGCAAUUUCUUUCCCAUUUUUUUCCUUUUCUACGCUAGCUAUGUGAAGUGUCGGUUCAUACUUAUCCACUAUUGGAAUAAAAAGAGUACACAUACGUUUGUGUGUGUGUCUGUUUACAUCUGAGGUAAUUUGCUACAGUGAAAAGUCCCCUGUUCUGAAAAAUUUCUUGCUGCAAUCAUGAUUUUGUUGUAGAGAAGUUUCACUGAACUCUUCAAUUUACUGUGUCGGGAGACCCCGCUCACAAACUGUCGUUUUCCCUACCUUUGCCAAGUAUGUAACCCAGAGGUGGGCAAACUUUUUGGCUCAGGGGCCACAUUGACUUUUAAAAUUUGAUAGACGGGCCGGGUCAGCACAAGAUAGAUUUAUUAACAUAUCAGAACAUAUUAAACAUAAACAGAACAAAAGCAUUAAAGUAUUAACAUACUUUUUAAUGGGAGCAGUCUGGUUGGAAUCGUGUUGUCGCAAUUCUCAGAACAGAUCUGAGGUGUUUAUCACUCAUCUGGGAUCUGUGGGGUGCUUUGUUGGUGUUCAUCACACUAAAAGUCUGUUCACACACGUCGAGCCAAACAACACCAGUAUUCUCCGUGCCAUAUACUGGACGUUUGGAAAUUAGGCUGCACUUAACGAAGCAUAAAACUCAUUCAGUUUCAGGAAGUGUAACUUGUCCUUUAACAUCAUGUCACAUUGGAGAUCUAUCAGUUCCAAAUGCAACUCCUGUGGCACUGUCCGGGUCUUGUGAGAAGGGACAUGACACCAGCUGAAGUGCCCUGUCAAUUUUUCCAAAAUCACAAAAGCGACGGUAGAAUUCCUCAUGCAGGUCAUCCGGUGAUUUUCUGUAUUUUUUCACAUGUUGUGGGGCCUCCUUUAUCGUAGCCAGUGUGGGGAAAUGAGCAAAUGACUUGGUUGACAUUUGCUUCGAAAAUUAAAUCUACCCACAGCUUUUGAAGGCUUUGACGUUUGCUUGCAUUUCAUGCACAAACUGUUUUUCCCCUUGGAGCUUCAUAUUUAGUUCAUUCAUAUGUGUUAGUAUGUCCACAGUAAAAGCAAAAUCACAAAGCCAAUCUGUGUCAUUCAGCUCAGGAAACUUUCACUGUUCUCAAAUUGCUCUAAAAAUGAAAUAAUCUCCCGUUUGAGCUCGCACACACGUUGACAUACUUUCCCCAACUUAACCAGCGGAUAUUAGAAUGGUACAAUAAGUCCGUGCGAUCAUCGUCAGCUUCUUCGAUGAAUUGAAUAAAUUGACGAUGGUGAAGUCCCCUCGCUUGAAUAAAAUUGACAAGUUUCACAACUGGCUUCACGACGUGGUCAAGCUGCAGCACGGAUUAACACAGUGCUUCGUGGUGAAUUAAGCAGUGUAGGAAAAUUACCUCCUGCUGAGGGUUGUCUUCUUUCACCCUGUCCUGAACUCUCUUCGGCAUCCCGAUAUUUUUUCCUGUCAGAUUCGGUAAUCCGUCUGUGGUAACGUUGGUGAGCGUUCUCCAAGGUAAUUUGUGCCUCUGUAUGACCGCCUUCUGGCUCUUGCUAGUUUGAAUGUCAGUAAAAAAACUUGUCAUCGUUCUUGCUUCUUGGAUGGAAGUUGAUCGAGUAAAGGUGUUUUGUUGAGCCUGCAAACUUGCUAGUAACCUGUCAGCGGUGGCUGUACGUUCUUGUGUUGAAAGGUUGCUGGCGUAAUUAGCAUGUUUAGUGGAAAAGUGACGGCUGAUGUUGUAUUCUUUUAAAACCGCAACGGUUUCUUGGCAUAUAUGACAUACAGCCUUGAAUCGGACUUUGGUAAAAAAGUGUUUAGGCCUUCCUUCUUAAACACCCGGCACUCACUGUCGACUUUUAUUUUCUUUGACAUUGCUGCAGAUGGCUUGCGAUCUAACCAGUAGAAGUAGAGCGAUUACUGAAUUGGAAAUGGCUCACUAUCUAGAGUGCUCGCUCUGUUUCUUUCUCUCUCGUAUUCUUUCGGGGUACAGGCACUGCAAAAUAAAGUCACAGCGCCACUUGGUGUUGAACGCCAGUCAUUGCAAGUAGAAAUGAAAUAAAUUGCGGGAAUUCACAUCAAACCUUUUACUGUAUUCUGAACCAAUCUUCGGCGGGCCGGAUCUGGCCCGCGGGUCGUAGUUUGCAUAUCACUGAUGUAACCUGUGCCACCAGAGACAAUAACAUUUUUGACUUGUUUUAUGCCAACACCAAGGAGGCAUAUACACUCCCUCCCCUGUCCCCUCUUGGAAGGGCGGACCACAUCAUGGUGCAUCUCCAGCCUGUGUACAAACCCCUUGAACACAGGCAGCCAUCUGUGACCAGCAUGGUCAUUAAUGGUGCACGGAGGCUGAAGAGGCUCUGCUAGACUCCUUCGACUAACCAGGUGGGAGCUCUUCAGUGAGGUUCAUGGGGAGGACAUUAAUUCACUCACCACCACCAUCACAGACAACAAACUUUUGUGAGGGGAACACCAUCCCCACCAGGACUGCAGUGUUUUUCCAGCAACAAACCGUGGAGUACUCCCGACAUAAAGGGCCUCCUGAAGCAGAAAAAGAGGGCUUUUGUGUCGAAAAACAGAGUAGCUGAAGGACCCAGCUGAAGAUGAGAAUCAGAGAAGGGAAAAAGGCCUACAGGUUGAAAAUGGAGGACUAGCUGCAGAUCAGAAAUGUUACUGGUGUCUGGAAAGGACUGAAAACCAAUUCAGGACACAAAAGCCCAAAGAUAGAGACUUGAACACGUCUGCUCACAAUGGAUGCUCUUUUUUUUAAAUGUUUGAAUACGUCUGCUCACAAUAGAUGCGCUUCCUUU